AUGCUGGGAGGAGGAAGUCUCUGGUUCAGCUAUAUGGAAAGUGUGGAUUUGGUGAGUCAGGAGAAUGAAAUAAUUUGCCUUAGGCAAUUAAAGAAGUUUCUGUCAGUUCAGGAGAGUGCUUAUAAACAGAAGUCAAGAAUUCAGUGGCUUAAGCUGGGUGAUUCUAACUCUAAAGUCUUCUUUAGUGCAAUGAAGGAGAGAUAUUCUACAAACAGUAUUGAUGUUCUGUAUGACUCACAAGGUACCAAGCUCACAACUGAAACUGAAAUUACAGAGGAGAUUGGAAAGUUUUACAAGCAAUUGGUUGGCACUGCUGCAACAACUUUGACUGUCACAGAGAAAGAAAUUGAUGAGGCUAUUAAAGGAAUCAAUAUCCAUAAGGCUCCAGGGCUAGAUGGGUAUAACAGUUUGUUCUUUCACAAAACAUGGGUGAUUGUAAGACAUGAUAUUUAUGAUGCCGUCAGAGAACUCUUUGUUACUGGUGUUUUGCUGAAGCAAGUUAACACUACUGCUAUACUGACUACCAGAAUGCAGAGUGUGAUUGGGAAAGUGGUUCACUGUGCUCAAGCUGGUUUUAUUCCUGGUAGGAAUAUAUCUGAUAACAUUUUGUUAGCUUCUGAGUUGAUUAAAUGCUAUACUAGAAAGAACAUUUCUCCCAGGUGCAUGAUUAAAGUUGACUUGAGGAAAGCUUAUGAUUCAUUGGAGUGGCCAUUUCUCACAAGUAUGUUGGCAGAGUUGGGUUUCCCUAAUGUCUUCAUUCAAUGGAUCAUGCAAUGUCUGGAAACUGUAUCCUAUUCUAUUCUGGUCAAUGGCUACCCUUCUAAGCCUAUCCCUGAAAAAAAAAGGCCUUAG